GCACACGGAAGUGCGUCAUCACGCUUGACCUUGUCACUCUUCUUCAGUUGUUUUCCUGCAGUCGGAGAGGACGAGCAUGGCGAACAAGGGGCCGAUGGGUUUUGUGCAGCAGCUGCGUCAGGUAGUAGGCAGGAUGUCUUCGGGACCUCCGGGUCUGGGGAUCGGUGUCAAACUGCUGAUCGGUGCUGGAGCUGUUGCUUAUGGAGUGAAGGAAGCAGCAUACACAGUGGAAGGAGGUCAGAGAGCGAUCAUCUUCAACAGGAUCGGAGGGAUGCAGAUGGACACGGUUCUGGCUGAAGGACUCCACUUCAGGAUACCCUGGUUCCAGUAUCCCAUCAUCUACGACAUCAGAGCCCGACCCAGAAAGAUCUCCUCCCUCACCGGAAGCAAAGACCUUCAGAUGGUGAACAUCGCACUGCGAGUCCUGUCUCGGCCGCUGGCGUCCAACCUGCCCAUCCUCUACCAGCACCUGGGACAAGACUACGACGAGCGCGUGCUGCCGUCCAUCGCCAACGAGGUGCUGAAGAGCGUGGUGGCGAAGUUCAACGCGUCCCAGCUGAUCACGCAGAGAGCGCAGGUCUCCCUGCUGAUCCGCAGAGAGCUGUUCGAACGGGCCAAAGACUUCAACAUCAUCCUGGACGACGUGGCCAUCACAGAGCUCAGCUUCAGUCGCGAGUACACCGCCGCCGUCGAGGCCAAACAAGUCGCCCAGCAGGAGGCGCAGCGAGCUCAGUUCUAUGUAGAAAAGGCCAAACAGGACCAGAGACAGAAGAUCAUCCAGGCUGAAGGAGAAGCUGAAGCUGCCAAGAUGCUGGGCGAGGCCGUGACGAAGAACCCAGGAUACCUGAAGCUCAGGAAGAUCCGGGCGGCGCAGGCCAUCGCCAAGACGGUGGCGCAGUCUCAAAACAAAGUGUACCUGAACGCCGACAGCCUGGUGCUCAACCUGCAGGACAGAGACAGCUACAAUUUGUUGCGGAAGUAAGAGGACGUCUCUCCGUCGGUUCGUCAUUCCUUCUGGUCUUCAGAAACCUUCUCCACCGCUCUCGAGUCCACGACCUCGUUUACGGGCCACAAAACUGAACUCUAAUCUGUGGACUGGUUUUAUUUUGAAAGGUUCCUCUGGUGUAGGCGACUGGUGAUUCUUCUGCUUCUGUGUUCCCUGUAGACGUUUACGACCUCUUUACUUUGUGAGUAAGACGUAACGGAAUAAGUUUGUUUGUUCACGCUGAGAAGUCUUCAACUUCCUGUAAGGUCGUUGUUUUGGUUUUUUUAAGCUUUUCCAUCUUUGAAAGAUUAUUUCUGUACAGUUUCACUCCACAGGUUGUUCCAUAAAUAGGUCAGAAGCACUGAUAAACAAGUUAUUCUGCUUUCUGCUAUUUCCUAAAAUUAAGAAAAUUAAAGUUUCAAGAAUAAAAUGUGAAAAAUUACUUUAACAAACACCAGAGGAAUCUUUAAACUCGUCAGUUUUCCUAAAUCACAAAAGAAUAAACAUUACAGCUGCAGAUUUAUCUGAUUAUUCUCCUGAUUAAUUGAUGAUUCUUUGGUCUAAUAAUUGUCAGAAAGCCUGUUACAAGUCCAGAGCCAAUGAGAAAGACUUUAAUAAUCCUGUUUACUGUCAGCGAUUAGGAAUCAGAAAGAAAGAUAAAUUAAAAAGCUUAAAACAGUAAAAUUACAGCAACCUGUUGUUUACUGCCUGAUAUAGUUCAAACGAUCAAUCAGGAAGUGUGUUUGUGAUUUGGGUGAACUGACUCUUUAUGUCUCGCUGAACUGAGCCUGGAGGAGGAUUUAACCUGGAAGCUGUUAUUGGCCGGAGGAGAAGCUCUGAGAGCCGAUCACAACUAUUGUGUCUGUCGGAGCGUCGCGGCUGUCUGGGACUCUGGACUGGAUGAGAAGAAGAGAUUGAAGCAUUUGAACAUUUAAAGCUUCACAUGUAUAAUGUUUGUGUUCAGUGUCAUUAAAGGAAAAAGAAAUGAGAGGAGUUUAUCGAUUGUUAGCACCUCUUUAGCAUUUAUUAGCUCUAUAUGAAGAUUGAAUAAAUGGUUUCUAACACUAA